UUCAGGAGGCAGCGAGAAUUCCGAAAAAUCGAACAAGUAACGGAAGUCAGAGAAAGCUGUACGGUGAGCUAGCUAGAUGUAGACUAUCUGGCUAAAGAGCAACCAAUGAAAGGAAGAGAAAGGCACUGUGUAGCUAGCAGGUUCUAUUUGGAUGUGGCCUUUUGUGCUUUUUGUAUUGUGAACGUGUCUUUAUACUGAAGACCGCAUAACAGUUUGGCAGAAAGGACCCACGAGAAGGAUGGACCCAGCGUUGCUGAGGGAGAGGGAGCUCUUUAAGAAGAGGGCUCUGUCUACCCCUGCUGUUGAGAAGAGACCAACCGCCUCGGACUCUGGCUCCUCCAAGAAGAAGAAAGCCAAAGUCGACAAGGAGGGCUCCUCAGGUUCCAAACACAGCGCUGAUUCCAGCAAUGGCAACUUUAACCUAAAGGCUCUUACUGGUAGCUCUGGCUACAAGUUUGGCUGCCUGGCCAAGAUCGUCAAUUAUAUGAAGACGAGACACCAGCGAGGGGACACACACCACCUGACCCUAGAGGAGAUCCUGGAUGAGACCAAACUGCUGGACAUUGGCUUGAAGCAGAAACAGUGGCUGAUGACUGAGGCCCUGGCUAACAAUGCUAAGAUCGAGGUCCGGGAUGGGAAGUACGCCUUCAAGCCCAAGUACCACCUGAAAGAUAAGAAGGCUUUGCUGAGGCUGCUGGACAAACACGACCAGCUGGGUCUGGGGGGCGUGCUGCUGGACGACGUGGAGGAGGGCCUGCCCAACUCCGCCAAGGCCAUCAAGGCUUUGGGAGAUCAGAUCAUCUUUGUGACCCGGCCUGACAAGAAAAAGAUCCUAUUUUACAACGAUAAACACUGUCAGUUUGACGUAGAUGAAGAAUUCCAGAAGCUGUGGCGCAGUAUUCCGGUGGAUUCCAUGGACGAGGAAAAGAUUGAGGACUAUCUCAAGAGACAGGGCAUCUCUUCAAUGCAGGAAACUGGACCAAAGAAAGUGCUACCAAUCCAGAAGAGAAAGAAGCCAGGCGGACAGAAGAAGAGACGCUUCAAAACUCACAAUGACCAUCUGGCCGGCGUGCUGGAGGACUACUCCGAGGGGGUGCCUGCCAAGAAGUGACCUCACUUUCUCUCUCCAUGUCAUGUUUCCUGUUGCUGGGCUUAGAAAACGGGGAGACCUGGAAGUUGAAGUCCAUUUAUUGUGGCCAGGAGUUUGACUGUGUCCCUUGUCACCAAACGACUGAUGCAUAUUCAGUCCGCCUGUUACUGGGAAAUCAAGGAAAGGAGCUACAGGCAUGUUAACUCUGUAUUGUAUUAAGAUGUGGCUUGAAUGAUGUCCAAAACAACCCGCUGACUGUAAAAUGGGUCCAUCUGCGCUUCCUUAUGCUAUAACAUUGAGUUCUCAACAACAUACAAACACAAAAUUGACACAAUUUGUUUGUUUUUUUUUUGCUGUGGCUUACAUACCACAAAUAUUGUGUCUGCUAUGGAAAAGAGGGUGUGUGUUUGUGGGUGGCAGCAUUUACAUUUUAAUUAGUUUGAAGUCAUUACUAAUCUCUAGUGGUGCCUGUAUUGAGUUACAGUUUACAUUUCUUGCUCAGAUUUUACAGUGACUCAAGUCAUAUAUUACAUAUAUUGUGCUACCGAGGCUGAAUAUGGUCACCCUCAAGCAUAUGCUCACGUUUUCCAACAUGGCGUAAAGGACAAGGUAGUUUAAUGUUGCUUUAAUACAACCCCAGUUUCUGAAAUGUAGUGAGGCUGGCCAUUUAAUGUAAUUAAAUGGGGAUUCUGGGC